CAAGUCAUAAUUGACAUCGCCAACGUUAUUUUCGGAUCAAAUGCGCAUGCAUGCAAUCAUAGUGUAACAACCUGGUGAUCUCUUAGCUUGGUUUACGUCUCCAUGGGACUCGCCGACCAACAAGAAAUUAACUGCUUGUAUUUGAGACCUCGUGGGUUUGCAUACACAGCACCUGGUCAGUGGAUGAUGACAUUUGCGGAGGAACGUUGGCCUGGGUCUCAAGUUGGUAUAUAAAAUCGCACCGAGCAUGCUCAACACCCCACUGCUGCAUAUUGUUUCAUUGUAAUGGAAGAUAUCAUUCAAGCACACCAAAUCUUCAUGUUCUACUACCCGGCCAUUCUAGUGCCAACCACUAUUCUGAUAUACGACCAUAUGGCGACCCUCACAGAAGAGAUUUCCUGUAUUUGGUGUCGCCCGAAGAUGUUGUCUGCAGUGUUGUUUCUGCUUAAUCGCUAUGUUGCUCUGCUGGGAAAUGUCUAUGGUUUGAUUGGGUAUUUCCUGCCUGUCUCACUUGAGGUCUGUCCGACAUACACGCUAUCAAGACAAGUGCUCAUUUUUUCACAAACAGUUAUUGUUUGCCUCAUAUUGACUCUUCGCACUUAUGCUCUCUACGGCCGUAGCAAACGUAUGCUUGCUUUCUUGGUAAUUUGCAUCCUUGCCUUUACGGGAGGAGCUGCUACAGAGACCUUUGGUCUUUAUCCAAUCACUGUGACCAACUUGCCAAAAGGAGGAGGCUGUUAUCAAACAUAUACAGCAGAGGCAACCAUUCGUCUUGGUGUUGCAUGGGUGACCCUGUCUGUUUAUGAGUUGCUCAUCUUUGUCCUCACAGUGAUUAAGAUUUUCAAAAUCAGAGGAUUACUACGGUUAUCUCUGACAAGGUCCAGAAGAAAUAUUAUUGAUGUCAUGUUUCAGGACGGUAAAUGUUUCGCUACAUCAGUAUUGUGAUCACUUAACCAACCGAAUGCAGGUGCAAUGUACUUCGGAGCAAUGACACUGUUCAAUAUACCGAACAUCCUGACGUACUACUGCGGUUCAGAUAUCGCCAGGGGCUCUCUGAGCACAUUUACUAGUUGCAUGUCUGUUACUCUAAUCU